AUAUUUUUUCAAAGCAACUAAUUUUUAUCAGGAAUUUUCGUAUGUUCUUGUGUAUUUCGUGGCAAUAAUACUUGAAGCCUUUCUCUGUCCCUCUUGUUCUCCCAUUCCUCAUCAGCUCGUUGUCAAUAAGAAAUAGGAACUUGUGAAUGUUCAUGGAGGAGACGAUGAAUGACCCUUUAUUAAAGAAGGUUAUUACAGAGUCCUACUUGAGACUCUUCAGCAAAGUGAUUCUCCUGAGAAUAGGUUGGUACGUCCUUUUAUGCUAUUAUUAAUUUCUUGGUUAUCAUAUUAUUAUUAUUAUUAUUAUUAUUAUAGGUGAUGUUCUUUUUAGAGAAUAUUUUAAUGGAUUAGUUAUUACGUUCACUCAACUAUGCAUAAUAAUGCAUACUUUGAAUUAAAAGAAAUGAACCCCGUUUACUUAAACAAGUAACUCUAAUUGUUAAUUUAUAAAUAAACUAGAAAAUAUAACUGCGCAUAGUCUUUUGUAAUUAUUAAUAAAUAUAUAUUUUUAAAUAUUUUUUAAGAAAUUGUGGGAUAGUGAUUCAUUUUCAUUCUACUCGCACUACACCAAAUACUCAUUUCCAUAAUACAUGAAUAUAAUACUAAUAAAAAAGUGUUAUACUAGAGCACUAUAAUGGGCCACUUUGUGAAAAGAAAAAAAAAGGCGGUAAUAAUACACCAUCCCACGCCACUUAGAUUUUUUUUCAUUUGUGACCUAAAAAUUUGCGAGACCCGAGAGAGACCCAAUUCUCAUACCUUUUUUCCCCUUCUCCUUCUCGUCUCUCUCUUCCCUUUGCCCUAGCCGCACUCCCGUAACCACCAUCAUCCUCAGAUCCGACCACCUAACCACCAUCCUCACAGCCAUUUUUCUCCGAGCCAAGCUCCAAAUCUCAAGCACCCGUGAACCCAACCCCCAAACCAAGUGACCCCAGGUGCGAGCCCACCUCUGCGUGCCUUCGACCCAGUGCGACUUCCAUUCGCGGGCCACCACCAAGCUUACGCCGUUGAGGAGAAGAUGAAAGCCGAGAAAAAGAAGAAGAAAAGAUGCAGCAGAGAAAAUCCACAUAUGGAAGGCCUACUGGAACGAACGGUUUCGAUUUCUCCUACCGCAUGAUCGUUGAAUCUAGGUAUCAAAGAGUAGCUGAAGGAAAGUCCCACCUCUCUAAGCUAAUUUUUGUUCAGGUAUUGGGAAUCUUGUAGCUGUGAUUUUGUUUCCCAUACUUAUGUAUUCUUUCCAAAUGGGUGCAACUGGUGCAGCAAUUUCCACAGUUGUGUCUCAAUAUGUUGUCACCUUCUUAAUGCUAUGGUUUCUAAAUAAGAGAGCAAUACUACUGUCUCCAAAGAUGGGAUCAUUACAAUUUGGAGGAUACAUAAAAUCUGGUGGUUUUCUUCUUGGAAGAACUCUUGCUGUUCUAACAACCAUGACUUUGGGGACAUCAAUGGCUGCUCGUCAAGGCCCGGUUACAAUGGCUGCUCAUCAGAUAUGCAUACAAGUAUGGUUGGUUGUUUCGCUUCUGGUUGAUGCCCUGGGUGCAUCUGCACAAGCUUUGACUGCAAGUUAUAUGUCUAAAGGUGACUAUAAGACAGUGAAGGAAAUUGCUCACUAUGUGCUGAAGGUAGGAUUACUCACAGGUCUUGCCUUGUCUGCAAUUUUGGGUCUAUCUUUUGGUUCAUUAGCUACUCUGUUCACCAAGGAUGUUGAAGUACUAGCAAUUGUUGGUACUGGAGUAUUGUUUGUCAGUGCUAGUCAACCUCUGAACGCACUAGCUUGUGUUUUUUAUGGUCUCCAUUAUGGUGCUUCGGAUUUUGCAUAUUCUGCCCGUGCCAUGAUGGUGGUGGGAGGAAUGUCUUCUGCAUUUUUGCUAUAUACUCCGGUAGUCAUUGGUCUUCCCGGGAUUUGGUUAGGGCUGACUCUGUUUAUGGGUUUGCGGGUGGUGGCUGGAUUUUACAGCGGCGCAGGAAGGGACUCCUCCAACAGGUAUAUUGAGAUGAUUUCUUUGGAGCAAUUUUUGACAACAUUUGUAGUUGAGGCCUUUAGAAUGGAAGAAUGUAUUUCACUAAUUUUUGUAUACAUUUCUUGUUUUGUAUUUAGUGAUAAAGGAAUCUGAAUUUGGCAUAAAUUAUGUUGUAAUAUGAUUUCUUAAGCCUAGACUAGUAGACUAAAUAUUGUAAUUACAUUUGAGUAAUUAAUAAAAAUCUAUUUAUGUUACCUUA